GCAGCGGCGCCGGUGCUCCGGGCGGGAGCGGCGGCGGACGGGGCGCGGGGGGACCGGGCAGAGCCAAAGCCCCAGCGAUGCUGCGGUCCCUGCGCCCCAUCCCGCAGCUGUACCACUCGCGGCUGUGCCCAGCCCCGUGCCACCCCCGGCGCCGCCUGGCCGUGCCCCCCGCCGCCCCGCGGCUCCCGCUGCGGCGGCGCCUGGCGGUGGUGGGCGCGGUGGCGGGCGCGGCGGCCGCGGGCUGGCUGUACCUGCGGCACCAGAAGGAGCGGCAGCAGCGCUCCCGCCGCCUCCAGCACCUCCGCCAGCUGGCGCUGGGCCAGGGCGACUUCCAGCUGCAGGACACGUCGGGGGCGGCGCGGAGCAAGGCGGAUUUCCUGGGCCGCUGGGUGCUGCUGUACUUCGGCUUCACGCACUGCCCGGACGUGUGUCCCGAGGAGCUGGAGAAGCUGAGCCGCGCCGUGGAGCUGCUGGAGCGCGACCCGGCGCUGCCGCCGCUGCAGCCGCUCUUCGUCACCGUGGACCCCGAGCGCGACGACGCGGCGGCGCUGGCGCGGUACCUGCGGGACUUCCACCCGCGCCUGCUGGGGCUCACCGGCACCCCCGAGCAGGUGCGGGCCGCCGCCGCCGCCUUCCGCGUCUAUGUCAGCGCCGGGCCCCGCGACGCCGACGGGGAUUACGUGGUGGAUCACUCGGUGCUCACGUUCCUCGUGGAUCCCGACGGCAUCUUCCGGGACUGCUACAGCCGCUCCCGCACGGCCGAGGAGGUGGCGCGGAGCGUCAGGGGACACAUGGACGCCUACGAGCCGCUGCCCCCCGGGGGAGGGCAAUAAACGGCCGUGAACCCCC